AUGGCUCCGCUUCCUCUCCCCCUUCCCGCCACUCCCUACCCACCCAAACCCCACGAGUCCCCGCGGCCCGCCUCUCUCCAUGCCGCGCUCGCCUCCCUCUCCCAGCAAGGCAGCGACCACGGCAGCCUCCGCGACGCCUUCGCCCUCGUCUCCCGCGCCGAGCGCCAGUCGAGCCCCGGCGCUGCCGUUGCCGUCGGCCCGGAGGUGUACGUGUCCCUCCUGCAGUGCUGCGUCGCCGCGGGGUCCCUCCGCGCGGGACGCCAGGUGCACGCUGCCGCCGUCAAGCGCGGGCCCUACUACUGCCGCCACGCCUACAUCGGCACCAAGCUCGCUGUCUUCUACGCCCGAUGCGGCGCGCUGGCGGACGCCGAGCGCGUGUUCGACGCGCUACCCAAAAAGAACGCCUUCGCCUGGGCCGCCGUCAUCGGAUUAUGGAGCCGCGCCGGGCUGCACGCUAGGGCCCUCGACGGGUACAUCGACAUGCUGCAGGCGGGCGUCCCCGCCGACAACUUCGUCGUGCCCAGCGUGCUGAAGUCAUGCGCCGGGAUCGGGAUGGUCGGGACCGGGAGGGCGCUGCACGGGUACGCCUGGAAGGCGGGGUUCAUGGAAUGCGUAUACGUGUUGAGCAGCCUGGUGGACUUCUACGGGAAGUGUGGCGAGGUGGAUGACGCGCGGGAGGUGUUUGAUGCAAUGACGGAGACGACGGUGGUGACCUGGAACUCCAUGUUGAUGGCGUAUAUAAACAAUGGGAGAAUCGAUGCUGCUGUGGAAUUGUUCUAUCAGAUGAGGGUUGAAGGCGUGCUGCCGACGAGGGUGAGCGUUCUUAGCCUUCUGUCUGCAUCGGCCGAUUUUGAAGCUCCUGAUUGGGGUAGGCAGGGCCAUGCCGUGGCCGUAUCGAGUGGUUUAGCGAUGGAUGUAAUUUUGGGGAGCUCAAUCAUCAACUUUUACUGUAAGGUUGGGAUGGUCGAGGCUGCAGAGGCCGUGUUUGAGCAGAUGGUUGAAAGAGACGCUGUUACAUGGAAUUUGAUGAUUGCUGGGUAUUUGCAGGAUGGGCAAACCGACAAGGCUUUGAUCACUUGUCGAAAAAUGCUCCAGUCUGGCCUUAGGUUUGAUUGUGUGACGUUGGCAUCCAUUAUCAUGGCUUGCAUGACAUCCUGUGGUAUGGAGAUGGGCAGAGUUGCUCACGGCUAUGCAGUUAGAAACUACCUUGAAUCAGACCAAGCGGUUGCUUGUGGCCUGAUAGAGUUGUAUAUGAGUACUCAAAGGACCGAACAUGCACGCAGGCUGUUCGAUGCCAUGAGUUGCAGAGACAUGGUCGUGUGCAGAGUGAUGAUUUCUGCUUAUGCAGAUCAUGGGAUGAGUUCUCAGGCUCUCAAGGUUUUAUAUCAGAUGCAGCAUCAGGGCAUAUCUCCAAGUGCAGCGUGCUGGGAUUCAGUCAUUUCAGCUUUUAUGAAGAAUGAGCAGAUUAGUGAGGCCCUAGAGAUCUUCAAUGAGAUGCUACUAACAAAAACACGCCCAAAUCUACGCACAUGGAGCCUGUUAAUAAGUGGCUUGUCUCGAAAUGGUAUGCACUGCGAGGUAAUGAAUCUAUGCUGCAAGAUGCAAGAAGUAGAGCGAGCACCAAGUCCAACAAUUUUCUCCGCAGCACUUGUUGCCAUGAAGGCUGCAACCUCGGUACAAUAUGGAAAGGCAAUGCAUGCGUGCAUUGUAAAGAAGGGCCUAUUGUUGUCCAAAUCCGUUAUACAGUCCCUGCUAAACAUGUAUGGCAGUUUCAGUGACACAGGCACGGUAGAAAGUUUACUAGGCUUGCUUGCUGCUGCACAGUAA